AUGGCUCGCGGACCUGCGAAGUAUGCCUAUAAAUUACGCCGCCCUAGUAGGAAAACUCUACAACAGCACCGACAACAAAAGCUCACCGCAGAGGAGGUGAAGGAGCUCGCCCGGCUCAUGCAGACACGGUUUUGCUGGAGCACCCCAACCGGCUCCGGGAAAACAGCCAUUGCUGCAGGCCCUCAUCUCUGGCCGACCAACGAAGGGAAGACGACCAUUAUGGUCUGUCCGCUACUGGCUUUGGAGGAAGAAAUGGUCGAGACAUUCAAGACCGAGUUUGGCCUGACUGCAAUUGCUGUCAACGGUCAGAACACACUUUCACAGAAUCGACAGAUUAUGCAGGAAAUUCUGCAGGGUCAAUAUCGCAUCAUCUUGAUCUCGCCCGAAAUGCUCCAGUCAAGCACGUUCAAGGACCGCAUUCUAUGUUACGGAUAG